UUGAACUUGAACAUUUGGCGUUUUCCUGGUCUCUGCUGAAUCUUGAGGCCUAGAAAGGCGACCCUAAAAUAAUUCAGAGGACCUGACAAUGUCCCUAUAUUGUGGAAUAGCUUGCAGGAGAAAAUCUUUUUGGUGCUGUAGGCUGCUGUCAACCUUCGUCACUAAGACACGGUAUUUAUUUGAACUGAAGGAAGAUGAUGAUGCAUGUAAAAAAGCCCAGCAGACAGGAUCAUUUUACCUCUUUCAUAGCCUAGCACCUUUGCUUCAGACUUCAGCACAUCAAUACCUGGCCCCCCGGUAUAGCCUGUUAGAGUUGAAAGGGCUCCUGGGUAAAUUUGGACAGGAUACAAAAAGAAUAGAAGAUUCUGUACUGAUUGGAUGCUCUGAACAGCAUGAAGCAUGGUUUGCUCUGGAUCUAGGUCUGGAUAGCUCCUCCAUCAGUGCUUCCUUACAGAAACCUGAAGUGGAGGCAGAGCUCCAGGGGUCUUUCAUGGAGCUGAGAAAGGCUCUUUUUCACCUGAAUGGGAAGGAUGCCUCCUUGCUUUUCACGGCUCAGGCCCUUCUCCGUUGGCACCAUGCUCAUCAGUUCUGCAGCAGAAGUGGGCAGCCCACCAAGAAGAACGUGGCUGGCAGCAAGCGUGUGUGCCCUUCCAAUAAUAUCAUCUAUUAUCCACAGAUGUCUCCUGUGGUGAUCACUCUGGUGUCAGAUGGAACCCGAUGCCUUCUUGCCCGUCAGAGCUCCUUUCCUGAGGGAAUGUAUUCUGCACUGGCAGGUUUUUGUGAUAUAGGUGAAAGUCUGGAAGAAACUGUUAGGCGGGAAGUUGCAGAAGAGGUGGGAUUGGAGGUGGAAAGCCUGCAGUACUCUGCAUCCCAGCACUGGCCCUUUCCUACCAGCUCACUCAUGAUUGCUUGUCACGCGACUGUGAAACCAGGGCAGACAGAGAUCCAGGUGAACUUGAGAGAAUUAGAGGCAGCUGCCUGGUUUAGUCAUGAUGAAGUGGCCACAGCCCUGAGGAGGAAUGGCCCCUAUAUUCAGCAAAAGAAUGAGACUUUUCCCCCAUUUUGGCUGCCUCCCAAAAUAGCCAUUGCCCACCAACUGAUUAAGGAGUGGGUAGAAAAACAGAACUGUCCUCUGCCUGCUUACCCAGAUCAAGUCAUCUAGAUCCCUCCUUGGUAUCCCUGAGGGGUCAAACCAGGGAUCAGUUGACCAAGGGGAAAUGACAAAGACAGGCCAACUUCAUAAGGCAGAGCAGAAGGUGAGCCUACAGUGGGACACUUCUAUCAGUACUGUCCAUGAAAGAGGUUCCUGCUGAUGGACAAUCCAAACUGCCACUGUGAGAAGAAAAACAGAUGAGAUAUCAACUGCCACAAUUAGAGGGGUGGCUGGGUGUGGUGGCCUAUAAUCCUAGCACUUUGGGGGGUUGAGGCAGGAGGAUUGCUUGAGCCCAGGAGUUAGAGGUUGCUGUGAGCUAGGCUAAGGCCAUAUGAUACUCUAGCCUUUGCUAGAGUGUAUAGUGAGAUGCUAUAAAAAAAAAAAAAAAACAACAGAGAGAAAGGUAAAUCAUCACUUUGGAUAUAGGUCAUUGUUUGCCCAUUUUUUUCUAAUGCCUCGGAAACAAAUAGCUUCUGGCAUGUGGCUUGUUAAUGCUGUGUUUAUGACAACUGCCGAAACACGUCUAGUGUAAUUUUGGUCAAAACUUAGCAUUGAAAAUACAUAGCAAAUUUUGGCUCAGCACCUGUAGCACAAUGGUUAGGGCACCAGCCAC